AUGGAGCGCGGGCUGCACCUCGGCGCGGCCGCCGCGGGCGAAGAAGAUCUCUUCCUGCACAAGAGCCUGAGCGCCUCCACCGCCAAGCGCUUGGAAACGGCUUUCCGCUCCACGCCGCCGGGCAUGGACCUGUCCCUGGCGCCGCCGCCUCGGGAGCGCCCGGCGUCCUCCUCCUCGUCGCCCCUGGGCUGCUUCGAACCAGCUGACCCCGAAGGAGCAGGGCUGUUGCUGCCGCCGCCGGGGGGCGGCGGCGGCGGCGGCGCGGGAGGUGGCGGCGGCGGUGGGGUGGGCGUCCCGGGGCUGCUCGUGGGCUCUGCUGGCGUUGGGGGCGACCCUAGCCUGAGCAGCCUGCCGGCCGGGGCCGCCCUAUGCCUCAAAUACAGCGAGAGCGCAAGCCGGGGCUCGGUGGCGGAGAGCAGCGGCGGCGAGCAGAGCCCCGACGACGACAGCGACGGGCGCUGCGAGCUGGUGCUGCGGGGCGGAGGCGCGGACCCGCGGGCCUCCCCAGGCGCUGGGGGCGGCGGCGCUAAGGCGGCGGAGGGCUGCUCCAACGCCCACCUCCACGGAGGCGCCAGCGCCCCACCGGGGGGCCCGGGCGGCAGCGGGGGCAGCGGCGGCGGCGGCGGCGGCGGCGGCAGCGGCAGCAGCAAAAAAUCCAAAGAGCAAAAGGCGCUGCGGCUCAACAUCAACGCCCGCGAGCGCCGGCGGAUGCAUGACCUGAACGACGCGCUGGACGAGCUGCGCGCGGUGAUCCCCUACGCGCACAGCCCCUCAGUGCGGAAGCUCUCCAAGAUCGCCACGCUGCUGCUUGCCAAGAACUAUAUCCUCAUGCAGGCUCAGGCCCUGGAGGAAAUGCGGCGCCUUGUCGCCUACCUCAACCAGGGCCAGGCCAUCUCGGCCGCUUCUCUACCCAGCUCGGCGGCGGCAGCAGCGGCGGCCGCUGCCCUGCACCCGGCGCUCGGCGCCUACGAGCAGGCGGCCGGUUACCCGUUCAGCGCUGGGCUGCCCCCGGCCGCCUCCUGCCCGGAGAAGUGCGCCCUGUUCAACAGCGUCUCCUCCAGCCUCUGCAAACAGUGCACGGAGAAGCCUUAA